CUUCACACAUUCAAUCAUACAUUUCUUACCAUCGUUAUUAGUUACUUUGUCAUUCCAUCAUAGUUUAAUUCCUACACUUGCUGAGGUCAAGUUGGCUCAAGAACAAACUAGGAAGGUGGUGAAAUGGGGAUCAUGGAACGUGCAGAGAUCGACACUCGAGCCCCAUUCAAGUCUGUUAAAGAAGCAGUUAUGUUGUUUGGAGAAAAAGUAUUAGUUGGGGAAAUUUAUGCCAACAAGCUCAAAGAGAUGCGAGUGGAAGCGAGUGGAAGCGUAGGUGCACAAGCCAGAGGUGGAGCAUUGGCAAUUGAGUUAGAAGAAACAAAGCAAAGUCUUGAGGGAGCUAGAGAAGAAGCUAGCAUGUUGUCUCAGCGAAUCAAGACCCUGAAAAAGGAACUGGAACAAACAAAGAGAGAGCUAGAAGACACAAGAGCAAGAGAGGUAAGGUUGCUGCAGCAACGGGAUGAUCCAGAGAUUGAAGAUCUCAAGUUCAUUGCAAAUGCAACCGAUGCGGAAAUCAAAGCACAAAGUGAUAGUGAGGAUGCAGCAGAGUUUCAAAAAAGAAGAUAUGUGAAAUUUGCUAGUCCUCAAGCACUAGCUCAAGUUAUUCCUAAUAAGGGUGAAUUGCUUGGGAGACCUCCUUCUGUCAAGAAGGUUAAGAGGAAGCCACUGAUGCCUUUGAUAGGAUGGCUUUUCUCUAAAAAGAAAGGAAGCCACGAAGUUGACUCACCAAGAGCCUGAAAAGUGUUUCUCACCUUCUUAGUUGGCUAACUUGCUCUAUUUUCAUCAAGUUUUCCUUAAACAUGUCUUGGAGUUGAGUGCCCUCUAUUUUCAGAUAAAUAAUAAUCCGUCGUUAUUUUUCUGUUUAUGAGGGAAAGUUGGCCCCUCUCAAUUUUGUAAAUUUGUAACUCGUAUUUGCUUACUGAGCUGGGCUGUGUUGGAGUUUGCUCAGUAGCAUAAAAGCUUUUAGAAUCAUAUGGAAUCGAACGAGAGAAUAAAGUGCUUUUGUGCA